CCGCUGCCCUUCCGCCCUGCCUCGGUGGAUUCUCCUGCGCUCAUCCAAGGGCCAGGCUGAACCUCUCGAAAUUGUCCUCCCCGUAGGUCAAAGAGAGUUGAGAAGACAGCCCUUCUGCAGCCUGGUUUGCUUGUCAGCUCCGGGAGAGCGGGGGAUGUCGCUGGGGGUCACAGCCACGUCCCCAAACGACGCGAGGCGCCAAGCGGGCCCUCCAUAAACCACCGGCCCCGCCGAGGCCGUGCGGACGACAGCGGGUGGGCCGCGAUCUCGAGCGCCUUCCUGGCGGCGGCGGCCAGGAGGGUGGGGCUCGCCAUCAUCCAUUUACCAGCCUCGCCCCUUCGCCGGGCGCGCGGUUAAUGAGAUUAGCGAUUAAAAAGCGGGUGUGCGGCAGCGGCGGCGGUGCGGGACCAUUCAAGGCCGGGACGGGAAGGUGCGCCUGGCGGCCGCGCACCAACACCACUACGGGGGCGCCCGAGCGGGAGCCGAGCGCGCCGAGCUGGGGCCAUGGAGAAGGCGCGACCGCUGUGGUCGAACCCGCUGCAGUUCGUGUUCGCCUGCAUCUCCUACGCCGUGGGCCUGGGCAAUGUGUGGCGCUUCCCCUAUUUGUGCCAGAUGUACGGCGGAGGUAGCUUCCUGGUCCCCUACGUCAUCAUGCUCCUGGUGGAGGGGAUGCCGCUCCUGUACCUGGAACUGGCCGUGGGGCAGCGCAUGCGACAGGGCAGCAUCGGCGCCUGGAGGACCAUCAGCCCCUACCUCAGCGGCGUCGGCGUCGCCAGCGUGGUGGUCUCCUUCUUCCUCUCCAUGUACUACAACGUCAUCAAUGCCUGGUCCUUCUGGUACCUCUUCCACUCCUUCCAGGACCCCCUGCCGUGGUCCGUGUGCCCCCUGAACGCAAACCGCACGGGCUACGACGAGGAGUGCGAGAAGGCGUCGUCCACGCAGUACUUCUGGUACCGCAAGACCCUCAACAUCUCGCCGUCCAUCCAGGAGAGCGGCGGCGUGCAGUGGGAGCCGGCGCUCUGCCUGCUCCUGGCCUGGCUGCUGGUGUACCUGUGCAUCCUGCGGGGCACCGAGUCCACGGGCAAGGUGGUGUACUUCACUGCGUCGCUGCCCUACUGUGUGCUCAUCAUCUACCUGGUCAGGGGCCUCACGCUCCACGGAGCCACCAACGGCCUGAAGUACAUGUUCACUCCCAAGAUCGAGCAGCUGGCCAACCCCAGGACCUGGAUCAACGCGGCCACACAGAUCUUCUUCUCCCUGGGGCUGGGGUUCGGCAGCCUGAUCGCCUUCGCCAGCUACAACGAGCCCUCCAACAACUGCCAGAAACACGCCAUCAUCGUCUCCCUCAUCAACAGCUCCACUUCCAUAUUCGCCAGCAUCGUCACCUUCUCCAUCUACGGCUUCAAGGCCACCUUCAACUACGAGAGCUGCUUGCAGAAGGUGAUUCUGCUGCUGAUCAACUCCUUCGACCUUGAGGAUGGCUCCGUGACCGCCGACAACCUGGAGCAGGUGAAGAGCUACCUGGCGUCCACCUACCCCAGCGAGUACAGUGCCAUAGCCCCGCAAAUCCACAACUGCAGCCUGGAGUCGGAGCUGAACACGGCCGUCCAGGGCACAGGCCUGGCUUUCAUCGUCUACACGGAGGCCAUCAAGAACAUGGAGGUGUCGCAGCUGUGGUCGGUGCUCUACUUCUUCAUGCUGCUCAUGUUGGGCGUGGGGAGCAUGCUGGGAAACACAGCAGCCAUCCUCACCCCUCUCACCGACAGCAAGUUCAUCUCCAGCCUCCUGCCCAGGGAGGCCAUCUCAGGUCUUGUGUGCCUCAUCAACUGUGCCAUCGGCAUGGUGUUCACCUUGGAGUCUGGCAACUACUGGUUUGACAUCUUCAAUGACUACGGAGCCACACUGUCCCUGCUGCUCAUAGUGCUGGUGGAGGCGAUCUCCGUGUGCUAUGUGUACGGGCUGAGGAGGUUUGAACGUGACCUCCAGGCCAUGACCGGCCGCGCCCUCAGCUGGUACUGGAAGAUCAUGUGGGCAGUCGUGAGCCCGCUGCUCAUCAUCAGCCUCUUUCUCUUCUACCUGAGCGACUACAUCCUGGCGGGGACGCUGCGGUACCAAGCCUGGGACGCCACCCAGGGCCAGCUGGUGACCAGGGACUACCCGCCGUACGCUCUGGCUGUCAUCGGGCUGCUCGUGGCCGCCUCCACCAUGUGCGUCCCCCUGGUGGCCCUGGGGACAUUCAUCCUGCGCUGCCUCAAGAGAGGAGACACAGCCCCCGCGUCCUGAGAUCAGGGCCCCCCAGAGCUCCGGCUCCCAGGAACACCCUGCUCGGCUGCCAUCGCAGGCACUGAAGCCAAGGGGAGACAGCUGUCACCUUCCUGGGCUGCACAGGAGGAUGAGGACGGUGUGGAGGAAGGACACAAAGGACACCUGCUCUGGAGAGCACCCCUCCCCACCUCAGGAAGCCGCCCUUUCUCCCCUGGACCUGCCCCGGGAGGUCCUGUCCGGCUGCCUCCUUGUGACCCAGGCUCAGUCUGAUCGGGCCAGCCUUAAAGAGAUUCCCUUGUUUCAUUCUAGGGAAAUCCUAAAAUGAAUGCAUGGUGCGAGCAGAAAUUUGAUUUAAUUUUUUGGACCAAAUCUAAGCCACUGGGUUUGCGCCAAGGAGAGGCAGCCGCGCUUGGAUCGGUUUCGGGAGUGCUGAGGUGCCCGGGGUGAAAUACUCUCCUCUUGUCAGCAUGCGGUCAGUACUGCUGCCUUUGCCCGCCGUGAGCGUGCAGCACCUCGCUGCCCCUCUCCACUUGCCGACUAACAGGACUGUUGGCCACAGACGGAGAAGAGCUUUGCAAACCCCAGGGUGGGAACUUUGUGGAAUCUAAGCCCUUGCACAUUGGAUCCAGGACCUGCCCUCCUCUACCAAUGUUGCCCCAACUGAAGUUUGCCAUGAGGAGCCUGGUCCUCAAGGUGUGUCUUCCAUGGCCCGUGGUGUCUUUGUGGAGUGGGGAAAGUUCUGGAAGCCCCUAUGAGGAGGAGAGCUCAACAUUGACUUCGUGUUGUUUGCACAGCAUGGCCAACUCUUACAGCAACAACCACAAACACCACUUACAACCAACUUUAUGUACAGAUAAAUAGUUUUUUAGAAUAUACGCAAUGCAAACAGGGCAUCUUGUAACAGAAGCCACGCCGGCCGUGUGAGAUGGCACCGCCCACCAUGCCACCUUGUCUUUUUGUUUUGCUGCCAUCAGUGGGUCCAGGUCCCCUGCUCUGACAUUCGGUGCUUCACUGAGGUCUUGGCAUGCAGAGAGUUUCUUUGGGGAUCUUUCUACAGACAUUUCUGAAGACAUCGUAACAUCAGCCAGCAAUGUCAUUUUUUUAACUUUUUUUUUCAUGCUAUAAACUUAGCAAAAAUAGGCAUUAGCAAGGUCUUCUGUCUGGAGUUGUCAUCUUAUCCACACUCCCAGUGUCCCCAGAAAUCCAAGUAUCAAAAGAUGACUGUCCCUUCAAACGUAUGGACCGGGCUGUGUUGAACCCCAAUAUUCAGCGCCCUGGUUUCUCCCCCAUGCUUCUCUGCUACCUACAGCAGGAGAGGACGGAGACAGCUGCUUCAGGACCAGCCAGGAAAACACGUUCCCAUCUAUCGGAUUGAAAGCAGAAGGGGACACUUGUGAGUCACUGCAGAAUCUUCCCACUGCUUUGGAGGGGGUCCCGGGCAGCCUACCCAGUCCUCAGCAUUUCUCUGGCCGGGGCCAUGGGAGACCACCAUUGAUUCAAAUCGACCUUGGGACCUCAACUGAGGACAAAAAUGGGUCAAGCAGUGGAUCGGGUUUUUGUACGUUGUUUCACGGACUGGCCUUUCCUGAACUUUCUCAAUUUGCAAAUUACAAAGCAGCCCCUGGAGAGGUAACAGGAGGAUUGUAAACCCAACAGAUGCCGACGCCGGCUUCUAUGACACUUAGAUUCUGGGAGAGGAGAGAGAGAACGCUAGACAACAUGUCAAUGCGAUGAAUGUGGACUUAUGGUGUCCAAGAAGGAAAUGAAUGGGCCCAGAUGAUGGCCUUAGAGGGGCGCUAAUGUACUGUGGGGAGGGAGAUUCGAGUAGGGGCUAUGUGACCUGGAAUUGAAAGAUAAGGGUGAGCUCAUGAUACAAAUUCCCAGGGAAGGGUCAGUCCAGGCAGAACCAACAGCAAGUGCAAAGGCCCUGGGGUGGGAAUAGGAAGGAGCAUGAUAGGAGGUGUGCAUGCAGGAGCAGGCGGGGCCAUGUAGGCUGGGGUAGGAAGCUCGAAUGUUUUUAAGGGCAACAACUGUGCUGAGCUUUGGUGUGGGGGCUGGCACAAUCUGAUGCCGGAAAACCGACGGUGGCCAUGGAGGACGCUGAGCAGAAGAACCUGGAAAUCACCGCAGGAGCCCCCAAGAGCUCUGCCGCUCAACUGUCGGGUUCAAGCUGUCCUGAAAUUUACAGAUACAAAGGAACAGCAGAUAAAGGCAAAACAGAGGAAACAUAGUCUUUGUCGUUAAAUCAGGAGCCCCAGAAUCCUUGAACAGAGAGAGAAUAAUUCGAAGAACUCAUGUUGUUACUGGCCACUUGCAAUCCAUGUUCUAAGAUUCUGUGCCAACGAGUUUGCCUUUCUUGUUGGUAGCAAUUUCUACCUGUUCUGAAACACUUUGCUCAUGCGGUUCUAGAAGCCAUCUCUAAGUGUGCAUGAGAAUAAACCCUAAAGCCCGCUGUGCACUAAGAGUAAUAUCAGGUGAGAAGCCCAGCAUGGGACUGUGGAGGAGCAAACCACUGGACUGAAACAAGGAGACGACAAUGUCUUUAUAAUCAAUGCACCUCAAAAGUAAAUAUGUGAAAGAAGCAGUAUGGUAUCACACAGGUAUGACGAGGUAAUACAGAAACAUGGAAAAGUAGUAAGCGCAGGGCACCUUUUCCUGUUACAGAAAUGUCUCUAAGGUGACAUGACCCGCUGCGGUCAUCUGCAUUGCACAGGCACAGAUUUGGACACAGUGAGCACCUGCAUUGCAGAAUGCUCACCUCUGUUUCAUUCCUGGCCUGCAACUUCUUCAUUCCUCCCAGGCAAAGAUCCCUCCCCCCACCCUGCUGUUUGCACCACAAACUACUUCUCCGAACAAGACUAGCAAAUGACAAGAAAUAGAGCAACCAGACAAACCCACUUCCCAGAGUCAACACACAACCCAUCUUCACCACGCGUGGCCCCCUCUGAUGCUCUCACAGCCUUGCUAAGGUGGCAAGAGUGUUUGCACAGAGCCCGGCACACCCUCCCACCUACCCUAACUGAUCUCAGUUACUGUAAUACCUGGUAGAAGGUAAAUGCUAGGGACACAGGUUUUGGAUUGUUUCGGAAUAAAGACGAGAAAACCCAUGUG